AUGUCGUUGCAAUCACACCAUCGUCGUCUUGCUCUCUUCUCCCUCAGACCUCUAAACGAACGAGCCAAACAGGUCGUCAGCCAUCCUUGGAACCAACACCUUGCGUCGAAGUUAACCGAUGGCACAAUUGUUCUCGACGUUGGUUUCCAUAUACGGUCAAGGUCCCAUCGCACCAUUGCAACGCUGGGGCGUGGCGAUGCGGACAUCUUUGUGGAGGGCACCAGCAUCGCCAAAGUCCAAUGCUCUUUCGAAAUCGAGACGAGCACCAAUGUGAUUAUGCUCUAUGACAGGUCUCACGGUCAGACAACGCAGGUCUUUGGCGAUAAUGCUACAAAAUUCGAGCAUGGGCGCCCUCGUCGAGUAGUGGUUCAAAAAAAGCUGAACACUGGUUUGGGGAUGGGCGGCAAAGAGCAAGAUCUGGUCCAAUUCGAGUUGCUAUGGCAUCAAGAUCCUACUGAAACGGCGGAGAGAAUAAAAGAUCGAGAGGAUAUCACGAGUGACUACGAGGAGAAUCCCCGCCUAGCUCGGACAAUUGAUGAGUUAGCGACGGUUUUACCAUCUCAAAGGCAAACCAGAAUCCAUACUCCAGGCCCUCGACAGCUGACGAUGAGAUACACAAAGGUUGCCACACUUGGAUCGGGACAAUUCGGAGUUGUAUAUAAGGCCAUCGAUAUCGACACGGGCAGGUUUCUCGCUGUUAAGAUAUUACAAAGACCUCACCGAGCAUCAAAAGAGGCUGAGUGGAGGCAGUCAUUGUACUAUGCGCUGAAACGCGAAGUCGAGACUUUAUCGCACAUAUGCCACCCGCACAUUAUCGAUUAUAUCACGUCACAAGGCUGGGACGGACCAUCUGUGGAGAUAUUCAUGGGACUCAAGGAUGGCACCCUUAGAUCGUUGGUUCUCAAAGGUGGUUUUUCGUCCCUCACCAGCCUUGCCCACUACGUCUUCCACCAGAUGCUUCAGGCAUUGGAUUAUCUCGCCGCGAAAGGCAUUGUUCAUCGAGAUGUGAAGCCCGAAAACAUUCUUUAUUCUUCACUGCCAAGUGCGCAAUAUCAGUUCCAGCUCGGCGAUUUCGGUCUGUGCAACAGCACUGUCAGUGCCGUGACUUCUGUUGGGAGUCCAUUGUACAUGGCCCCUGAGGCGUUUCAGAAUCAGGUCCAGACACACAAGAUGGAUGUCUGGUCCCUUUUUGUAACCAUGGCAUGGACACUGGACGUCGAUGGGUUUCGUGAGAGCUCAGAGCAGUUUAAGUGUCUCCAACACGCCCAUCAGGCCAUCUUGGUCGCAGCAUCAAAGAUUGAAGUUAUUCAAGAAAUGGCGAGAGUCGAUCCGGACGAGCGCGCCUCCGCGGCACAGAUGCUGGUCAAGUGUUUUGAUGGAAUAGGCCUAACAACUCACCGGAGUCGAGUUCCACCGAUGAUUCCACUGAAGCCCUCAACUAGGACCAACGCCGACACAUACAUGGGAUCCACUGCUCAGGUCACUCGUCGACCAAUUCAAGGUAUACAAAGGCCUCGAAGGCAAGUAAGGGAUCCGUUCCGUAUCCGCAAGUCUAAUAAUCCAUGGGCUCGAAAGUUGAGACAAGAUAUUAUAGCGGCUACUCCUCAACCAAAUAUUCUUUCCACAAAGAGGCCUGGGGUUCCUUGCAAGGCUGAAUCCUCUGAGCUUGUACAGGGGUUUCGUCUGCGGUCGCGAACUCAAGACUAG